AUGAAGGCGACUUCGGCGCUGACGCGUCUUCUGUUCUUAGUCUACUCGGUCAGUUGCAGUCCGUGUGGCAGAUUGGAAAGUUUGAACAUCACGGGCGGCGUCGAGUUUUCCAACGGUUCCGUGAUUCACGGCGGCCUGGAGUACGUGAGCGGGGCUUGGUACGACCUGGAGGAGGACGGGGCGCUGAUUAGACUCGGCUGCCCCUGCAUAGGGCGGGUUUGCCUCUGGAAGUGCUGCGGCGAAGGCGAGGCCUUCUCCAACAAGACGUGCGCGGCGACGGACCACGCCGCAGCGAAUCCAUUCAGCCCGCCAAUCUUCAGAGGGAAGGAGCCCUUAGAUGUUGCGGCGCAUAGCAGCUUCUUCUUCAUGCACUCCCGGUUGUGCGACGAAAGAUAUCUGGUCGACACGAGCUCGCCCACCGAAAGAAUUUUCAUUCAACAGGUAAUGUGGUUG